AUGGCGCCGCGAGGCUUCACUAAUCCUGCUCCCAAGACCGAGUCGGCGCGGUCCGCACUCAGCGCCUUUACAUGCACGCUCUGCAAUAAAUCAUAUUCGCGACACCCGGAAUACGAGGCACAUAUCUCUUCCUAUGACCACCAACACCGGAAACGUCUCCAGGACCUCAAACAGCUCUCACGCGAUCCAAAUGCCGCGGAGAAGGCCCGCCGCGCUGAGCGCAAAGCCGAUGCGGAGGCCGGGUUGAAGGUCAUUGAUGCACCUGUCAUUAGCUCGAACCCAAGUGGAGGAAGUGCUGGUGGGAAGAGUGGGGGAGGAUUCAAAAAGGGCGGCUUCAAGAGCUCUUUCGCAUCUGUCAAAGGCCCGGCGGCACCCGUGAAGAAGAACGUAUUAGGCGGCGAUGACGCCGACGACGACGAAGAGGAUCACGCUGCCGCCAAAGACCAACCGAGCACGGCUUCGAAGCCUGUACCCGAAGAAGUGCGAGACGAUGCUGAAAGUGAUACAGACGAAGAGUAUGGGCGGGAUCAGGACGGGGCCGGAUACUACGAUCCUCGACGGCCAACGGGCUGUUUUGCGGGAUGUGCUGGUCUUGGGGGAAUCCAGGCUUCCACAUAA